AUGCUGGCGACAGCAUUCCUUCGCGUGCUGGUCUCCUUGCUGCCAUGGAUUUCGACCAGCUCCCGGCCGUUUCAGUCCGACACUCUUCGGGAGCUGAGCACCGCGCAGGUGUCUCAGGCUCCCGACAUCCCGCGAUUUGAUGGCACCGACACAGCCCCACCUGUCUCAAAGCCUUUGCAGAUAUCGUCGAGCUUCGGCCCCCGCUGGAAAGCGUCCCAGUCGCGAGACGACUUCCACCGCGGCAUUGACUACUUCGAUGACCUCGAUGCACCUAUCUAUGCCUGCCAGAACGGCACUGUUUUCCAAGUGCACACGGAAGCAGCUGGCAGCAUGCCUGGAGGUGGAAACGUCCUUGUUCUAGAGCAUGCUCUGUCAUCGACCGCGAAGUUCCAUGACAGAGUGAUCAACAAGUACUACUCCUACUACUUGCACCUGAACUCUAUUGCGGCACUCUCUGAAGGAGAUGUGGUAAGCAAGGGUACAGAGAUCGGCACGAUGGGACAGACAGGGGAAACCUCCUUCACCCACCUGCACUUCGAAACACGCCUGGUGGGCUACUGCUCCUAUCAGUUUCAAUUUGCGAACAAUCGCCAAGCCUCUCCAACCUCCAGUUGCAACACUGGCUUUGAUCCUCACGUCCACCCAUACUUGUUUGUUGGCGGGGUCGCGAGUGGUCCGAAGUAUCUCUAUGAAGUUGAGCCAAUGGAAGGCUUCGAGUACGCAGUGCGCUACAACGCCACCCGCGGCCACAUGGACAUGGACGUGAUACGUACGAGCCUAGGAGACGUUCACAUCGGGACCAGGCACAAUGUCAAUAUCAACACCAUCGAGACCCUCGACGAUCUCCACAACAUAACCCCGUGGAUGGCUUUACGUCCGGGGUAUUUCGUGUCCACUACAGAAGACACCUAUACCUACGAACUCCACUUCAGGUCUGCCCCUACCUUCGUGGAGGUUUACGACAUCUAUGGCAACGGAAUUCGAGCAAGUAUGACGGCAGAUCCCGGUUCCCAGACGUCAUCUACGACCACGGAAGCCGCCAACGAGGCGGCAGAGGGCACCGCCUCUGCUGGUGAAGCUCGCCGGGGCGGUUGGCUUGCCCUCUUCGUUCUCGUGGGACUGUCCACUUAG